UUUCAUCUCUCAAGCAUAAAUUUUCUGAGAUUUUCCCUCGAGCCAAACAGCAGGUGUCUCUUUCUGAUUCUUCAAUGGCUCGUACGAAGCAAACCGCUAGGAAGUCGACCGGAGGGAAGGCGCCAAGGAAGCAGUUGGCGACAAAGGCGGCGAGGAAGUCAGCACCGGCCACUGGCGGAGUGAAGAAGCCUCACAGAUUCAGGCCUGGGACAGUGGCUCUGCGUGAGAUCCGGAAGUACCAGAAGAGCACGGAACUGCUCAUUAGGAAGCUGCCCUUCCAGAGGCUGGUGAGGGAAAUCGCGCAGGAUUUCAAGACGGAUCUGAGGUUCCAGAGCAGCGCUGUCGCGGCCCUUCAAGAGGCGGCUGAGGCUUAUUUGGUGGGGCUCUUUGAGGAUACCAACCUCUGCGCUAUUCAUGCCAAGCGGGUAACUAUUAUGCCCAAGGACAUCCAGCUCGCUAGGAGGAUUAGGGGCGAGAGGGCCUAGGUUUAGCAUGAUUGUUUUACCUAUCGCUUUAAUUUCCUCUGUUUUUAGAAUUUGGUCGAGAUCUAAUGGUAUGGGAUUGUACAUCUGUAGGGUUUUGGUAUCUUAAUCUUUUAAAUUCUGAUAAUUUCUAAUGGUAUCUUACUAUGCUUCGUAUCUGACUCAAUUGAUAUAUGCCAAAGAUUUGGUCCUUUUUGAGCAUAUAAAUCAUUGAUUUAGCA